AUGGGCGACGCAGGUCCCAUCGCCGCAAGGCACUCUGACGCACUGUUAGUGCCGCUCGAGCGCUUCGGAAAGUCUUCGCCCCAUCCACGUGUGCAGAACUUGAAAGCAUACGAGAAGCUUUACAAGAAGUCGAUCGAGCAGCCAGAUCAGUUCUGGGCUGAACAAGCACGCUCGCUGAUCACCUGGGAGCGUGAUUUUGGCGAUCUUGUCCACGAAGGCAGCUUCAAGGAUGGCGACAAUGCCUGGUUUCCGGAAGGCCGACUAAAUGCCUCGUUCAAUUGCAUUGACAGACAUGCUAAGCGCAAGCCAAAUGCUACAGCAAUCAUCUUCGAGCCUGAUGAGCCAAGCAGUCCGAACCGAUCCUUGACGUGGAAAGAGCUGCAGAGAGAUGUGUCACGUUUGAGCUGGGUCUUGACGCGUGACUUUGGUGUCAAGAAGGGCGACACUGUUGCCAUAUAUAUGCCAAUGGUUCCGGAGGCUUUCGUCGCUGUCCUGGCUUGCACACGCAUAGGUGCCAUCCACUCGGUCGUAUUCGGUGGCUUCUCUGCCAACGCUCUCCGCGACAGGAUCCUGGAUGCCGACGCCCGUGUUGUCUUGACAGCCAACGAGGGGGCUCGUGGCGGGAAGGUCAUCGCUCUCAAGUCAAUUGUCGACGAAGCUCUCAGCCAAUGCCCAAAUGUAGCGAGCUGUCUGGUCUAUCGAGCUACGAUGAGCGCAGUGCCAAUGCAGGCAGGGCGAGAUUUUGACUGGACCAGAGAGACUCAAAAGUGGCCUGCGGUGUUCACACCGGUCUCGAUGUCAUCUGAGGAUCCGCUCUUCAUGCUGUAUACCUCGGGUUCGACUGGAAAGCCGAAAGGAUUGAUGCACACCACCGCCGGAUAUCUGCUUGGUGCCGCAUUGUCAACGCAAUACGUCUUCGACAUCCACGCGGACGACGGUGAUGUUUUCUUCUGUGGAGCUGAUAUCGGCUGGAUUACUGGCCAUUCGUACUCAUUGUACGGCCCGCUGAUGCUGGGCUGCAAUGUUGUGAUAUACGAAGGCACUCCGGUCUAUCCAUCGCCAUCGCGAUAUUGGGAGAUCAUCGAGAAGCAUAGUGUCACCCAACUGUACUCAGCGCCAACAGUGCUUCGCCUUCUCAAGCGCGCUGGCGAUCAGUACGUCAAAAGCGACGCGGUGCAGUCGAGCUUGCGAGUCGUUGGGUCUGUGGGAGAGCCACUCGCGGCGAACGUGUGGCAGUGGGUACAUGAUGUGGUCGGCCGAGGUCAGAUCCAUGUCGUUGACACCUUCUUCCAGACAGAGACAGGCUCUUAUCUCAUCGCGCCUCUGGCCGGUACGACUCCGUCCAAGCCAGGUUGCUGUACACUCCCAUUCUUCGGAGUGGAGCCCGCUCUACUCAAUCCUGCCACAGGUGUUGAGAUCGCAACUCCUGGAAUUGAGGGAGUCCUCACCAUUAAGCGGCCGAUUCCAAGCAUGUCGAGGACGGUUUGGCGCGACCACAAUCGAUUUAUGAAUGUCUACUACAACCCAUAUCCUGGAUACUACUUCACCGGCGACGGCGCGAUCAGAGACCAAGACGGGUAUUUCUGGAUCCAAGGACGCGUCGACGAUGUGAUUAAUGUGGCAGCUCAUCGUUUAUCAACGGCUGAGAUUGAAGCAGCACUUCUAGAGCACGCCUACAUGGCUGAAGUCGCGGUUGUCGGAGUUCCAGAUGAUCUUACUGGCCAGGCCGUGACUGCUUUCGUCUCCUUGAAUCGGAGCAUUGACAAUGCUGAAGCUGUCAGAAUCGCAAAAGAGCAGGUCUCCACCAGCAUUGGAAAGUUUGCCUCGCCCAAGCAUGUCGUGGUCGUCCAGGACCUGCCGAAGAACCGAGCGGGCAAGAUCAUGAGGAGACUGCUGCGGAAGAUCUGGUGCGGCGAGGAGGAUCAACUGGGCGACAUCACGACGCUGGUGAAUCCGGCGGCCAUUCCUGCCAUCAUCAGCGCCGUCAACCCAGGCAGAGCACCGCAGACGCCCGAGCCGACGGAAAUCGAUCAGCUCCAGAACUUGGCGCGGCGGAUGUCCAUCUGUUGA